CAAUUUAAGGGGGGGGAACCUCCGGAUCAGCUGUGAUGCAGUUUUAGACCCGCCCCCCUUGCGCUCGACGAAAACGGAAACUAGCGUUUCACAGGCCGCCAUUUUGGCUCAACGUAAGACUCAUUUGCUCCUGAAACAGCUGACUCCGGAGCCACAGACUAUUGCCAGUUUCCGAGCUAAAUCCACGGCUAAAUCUCUCAAGCGAAACGACGUCCUCACACCUACUUUCUCAGUGCGCCGCUUCAUUGGCUAAUCCAGCCGCCCAACCUCCACAGUAUCCUCACUCCAUUGGUUCAUGAUGAUGUCAGCUGCGGCAGUGCCCGCCCUUUGUAUGCCUAUGAUUGGGUGUUUGCUCAAGUCAAAACUUGUUCCCCGAUCUUAUUGGCUCAACUAAGCAAGUGGGCGUCUCUCGCUGAGAAAGAGGCCAUCAAAACAAUUCGCAAAUAUUUACGUCAAGUCAUUGAGCAAUAACCAACAGUUGCGGAAAAAAACAUGGUUGCCUUCAAAAUAAAAGCUUAAACGUUGGCAUGCACGAAACUGCAAUGUUUGGGAAUUACAAACAACUGUAAAACAGCCACAUUAUUACCAUCUACGUAUUAUUAUAGUAUAAUUGUCACGUUUAUCAUACAAGUUUGUCCGGACAACUCAAAAAACGCAUCGCAACAAAUUCGCCAAUUAAUGAUUUUAUUAUGAAAUGAUAACAGGAAGCUGGUUUCACCCUUGUAGCUUGACACUGUUUCCUGAAGUGUGAAGCAUCGAUCACUCAAGAUACAUUUUUUCAAAUUUCACUGUGCAGCUUGAGGAGAAAUAACCUUACAAACUUCCCUGGCAUAACACUACCUCUCCCACGGACAUAAGCGGAUAUGUGUAUAUUAUUCACGAGUGUUGACGUUAGCUAGCCAUAAAAAUAACCAUGGACGAACACUCGUCAGUAGGAAGCUAACAGCUAGCUAAUUAGCUAGCAUGAACAGCAUCAUCGUCCCUAACUAAAGCAUAUAAAGCGCCGUUUGGGGCUUUCUUGAUACUUUCUUGAUACUUGUUACUUUUAAUUAGCGUCAUUAUGUAAGCCGUCUCCGUUAACCGCGGCGUUAACCGUGGUUUGUAACGUUUGAGCCACUUGGGCAGACAGACGUUGGAACUUAAACCCUUCCUCAACUCUCUGCCUCACCUGCUGCGUCCGGAAGUUUAUGAUCCAGUUUGUGACCCCCCAGAAACGGAGCCUUUCCUCCAUCAUGUGGACGUGCAUUGCUGUCGUCCUGCUGUGGGGGAGGUUAGGAGGCGGCACAGAGAAGGCCAGCACGUCGGCCCCGAUGGAAUACACGUCUGCGGACUUCAACGACAAAUUGCAUUCUGGGAAGACAAUGUUCAUCUAUUUCGAGCAGCAAGUCUCCUCAACCAUCGCUCUGUUCUUGGCGGAGUUGGAGCAGUCCGCUGACGCUCUGCAGCAUUAUGGGGUGCUGGUUGGCAAGGUCAACUGCAAUAAAGAGCCGGUUCACAAAUACUGCGCGGAAGAGAAGGCGCUGAACACGGCAUUUCUCUUCAGGGGUGGCAAGGAGUUCUUGGGUUUUAAUUUGGACACCGUGUUUGACGUCAACUCCAUCGUCUCGGAGGUCCUAUUUGCCAUUCUGCGCGAGGAGAUCAAGUACGUUCACACAGAAACUGACCUGCUGGCCAUGGAGAAGGCCGCUAGAGGGAAGAAGGAUAUCGCGCUGGGUUACGUCAGCAGCCUGGGAACACAAGAGCACAGAUCGAUGAUGGAGACGGCGUAUGUGUACGGAUCCAAAUACCAGUUCAUCCUCAUAACUGGAGGCCCAGUUUUGAACCACCUGAGCGUCGAUGAGACGUCUCGCUCGUCUCAAGUGUGGUUCCUCCACUGCAGAGCUCACGGCGGGUCCAUGACCUCCGAGCACUGUCCCUCGACCCGUAUGAGUAAACCGCUGUUCACGCUCAGCCUCCACUCCUUCCUGCAGCUCAUGGAGGCGCCGCUAGUGUCUGAAGUUUACGACGACCCGUCCUCGGUCCAGCCCCCUCAGUUCCCCUACCAGGACACCCCCCAGGUCUUCCUGUUCUCCCGUCCCGCCACCAAGCAAGAGGACCUGGACACGGCCACCGCUCUGGCCUGGAGGCUCCGCGGCCUCGCCCUGCUGGUGCUCGUGCACAGGCAGAGUCCUAUAGUGAAAACCGUCGAUGAAUAUAAUGCUGCUUACAGGCUGCCUGAGAAAGGUUCAGAGGUGAAGUAUUUGCACUCAAACAGCACCGAUGAGCUGCUGGAGCUCUUCACAAAUCAAGAGGAAGAGGAGGACGAGGGGUCGGAGGAGGACGACGAGGAGGAGGAGGAGGAGGAGGAGGAGGAGGAGGAAGAGGAGGAUUUGGAUUCCAAAUUGCACAUGCUGGACGAUGAAAUCGCCGAGUCCGUCUUCGAAAACCGCCUCAACUUGCCAGACUCGGACUCACUCGCCCAGCUGACCUCCGACAACUUCCACGCCACAGUGGCUGAAAGCAGCCUGACGGUGGCGCUCUUCUACCUCCCAUGGGAGGCUGUUUCUAAGACCUUUCUCAGCUCAUUCAUUGACGUUGCUGAGAGACUUGAAGAUUCCGAGGUCCAGAUGUGUGUGGUCGACUGCGCGGAGUGGACCGACCUCUGCGCCGCCGAGUCGGGCGGCUCCCCCCCGAUCCUGUUCCGGCCGGUCACGGUCUUCCCCACCGUCCUGCUGCUCCGCCCCGAGGAGUCGGCCCAGCACUACGGAGGCAUGCUGGGUGCCGAGGCGCUGCACCGCUUCAUCGUGCUGAGCCAGCCAGCUUCUCCGGCGCGACUGUCCACCCAAGAGGAAGUGACAUCAUUCCUCCAGGAAGUGCCUCACCCCGGGCUGGCAGGCUACAAGCCCGAUCACGCACUGGGACUGUUUAAGACACAAGCAGACGCAGCUGUGCGGCCGUUCACUGAAGCAGCAAAGUCAUUGAGAGGAGAGGCGCUGACCGGACUGCUGACGGAUGGGCUGGCAGAGAAAUGGGCGGCGGAGCACAACGUGGAUCUUCCUGCAGUGUUGGUGUUUCCGUCUUGGGGGGCACGCACUCGGCCCUCUGCACUGACUGCCUCCACCUCCGCCGAGGAGCUGCUCUCCCGCAUCAGCACCGCACUGCUGCACCCACUGCCUGAGCUGACGGUGGAAAACCUGCCAUCCUUCCUCUCCCUGGGCAAAGGCCUCCUCCUCCUCUUUGUGGGAGAGGAGGAGGACGAGAUCGGGCGGAGGCAGAACCAGGUGCUGCUGGAGGAGAUGUUAGGAGUGGUGGAGCUGGGCGGGGAGCGGAUGGAGCGAUACCUGGUCUGCUGGAUCCACCUCGGCCGCACUCCAGCUGGUAUGUCUGUCCUGGGGUCGUACCUGGGCUCCAUGCCCCCCCUCCCUGCCCUGGUCCUCACCCAUUUGCCCUCUGGAAGUGAAAUCUAUCAGUACUCCCCCAACACGCCCAUCAUGGCCUCCUCUGUCCUGCAGUGGGUGCAGAGGGUCGAGGACGGGGCCGAGUCAGCUGCAGGGACGUUGGGUGGGGACAGCUGGCCUCCCGCUGCCGAGUUUUUCGACUUCCUGAAAAUCAUGGACAUGCAGGAACCCAGCUCCAGCCGGCAGCAGACUCCUGAGGCCAAGGUGGAAGAAGGUGUGGCAGUAGAUAAAGCAGGGAGGGAGUCCUCCUCUAGCUUUCCCGCGCAUGACAAGCACCCUCACACUGAACUGUGAAGAGAACACGAUGGGGCACACAACGCAGCACCAAAAGACACUGUGAACUUAAAGUCAGUUUAAUAUGACUGAUCACAUAUUCUGUUACGUGUAGUUUCAUUUCCUGGUUUCCUACCGCUGCGGUUUUGUCACUGAUUCCUGUGAACUCUGCUUCUACCCGAUUUGCUGACUACUCAUUAUUAAAGAUACAACCGACAGUAUGUGCUAAGCUGUUGGUCAUUAGUGUGAAUGUAUCGUUCCAGUUCCAGAAAGCCAACAUCCUCAUCAGUCAUAGGAUCAGACGCCGUUACCUCUUCCUCAGAUGAUUUGCCACAGUGAUGUUUUAACUGUUACCACGUCUGCCUUCCCUCUUUAAUCACACCAUGCGUGGAAACUGCAGUGACUUUACGUGAAGGAUAUUUAUGUCCUGCAAGCGUCCUGAAAAUUUGUCUUAUUUUUCCCAUCAUUCCACUUCCCGUCCCGUAACAACAGCGGUGUAAUUAGUUUUUUUUCCCGGCAGUUGAGAUGCAGAACAGAGGAGGUGGAAUAGGUCAGUUGGAUCAGUCUGCUCUCAUUAUUAUUAUUAUUAUUAUUAUUAAUAUUAUUAUUAUUGUUACGGUGGUUUCAGAUGUGGUUUCUGGGACUUUGAGUCGUCUGAAUCAAUUAGUGUCUCCGUUAAAAGGGAACAUCCAUCUUGAGCAAUCAGCUGAAGGAUCUGAAGGGCUCUUGUGGUUUAGGGCGGAAUUUCUUCUGAACCCAUGUGAAUCUUCAGCUUAAAUUUUUGUCUUUGUUCUUAAUGAAACAGACGGACUGAGCACAAGACUGGCAGUUUUUAUUUAUGCUGUAAGGGCUUGGUUGUUAUUUUUUGACAUACUGUGAAUAUUAAAUAAAUGAGAUAAUGACAUUAAAUAUUUUUUCAAGCCCAUGUUUUGAGGUAUGUUAAGAUAUAAAUGUUUACACAAUGGGGCUGUCCCGUAAAGUGUUCUCCUUUUAAACAAAGUACUCCUUAAAUUGGUCUAUUUUUGUAGAUUUAAAUAUACAGUGUGAGCCCUGAGCAGCGCCCACCCUUUUGCCCAUUAGGCACUACACAAAGGUGAAAGGUCAAGUGUGUGCUGGUGGCUGCCUGACCGAUGCAGUGAAAGAAAAUAGGGGCAGCGCUGGUCAAAGAGGGUCCAAUUACAGUAGAGAACCAAUGGUGAAAUAAGAAAAUUUAAAAAAAUCAUUUCUUUACUUUUAUGGCCCAAAAGUGUUGGUAGUUUUAGUAGUUAGGUACACAAAAAAUGACAAUUAAAAAAUAUUUAACUUUUC